AUGGGGACCACGGAAGCCACGCUGAGGAUGGAAAACGUGGACGUGAGGGAUGAAUGGCAGGACGAGGAUCUGCCCAGACCUCUUCCUGAAGACACAGGGGUGGGGCUGCUGGACGGCGCCGCGGAAGACUCCUCCUCUCCUCCCUCCUCCCUAAACCUGGGCGGAGCACAUCGGAAGAGAAAGACGCUGGUGGCCCCAGAGAUCAACAUCUCCCUGGACCAGAGCGAGGGCUCCCUGCUGUCCGACGACUUCCUGGACACGCCAGAUGACUUGGACAUCAACGUGGACGACAUUGAGACACCGGAUGAGACCGAUUCGCUGGAGUUCCUGGGAAACGGAAAUGAGCUUGAGUGGGAAGACGACACCCCAGUGGCCACUGCCAAGAACAUGCCUGGAGACAGCGCGGACCUGUUUGGGGACAGCGCUGCGGACGAUGGCAGCGCAGCCAAUGGUCGCUUGUGGCGGACUGUCAUCAUCGGGGAGCAGGAGCAUCGCAUCGACCUGCACAUGAUCCGGCCGUACAUGAAGGUGGUCACCCACGGAGGGUACUACGGGGAAGGCCUCAACGCCAUCAUCGUCUUCGCAGCCUGCUUUCUCCCAGACAGCAGCUCCCCCGACUAUCACUACAUCAUGGAGAAUCUCUUCCUGUACGUCAUCAGCAGCCUGGAACUGCUUGUCGCUGAAGACUACAUGAUCGUGUAUCUAAACGGCGCCACGCCGCGGAGGAGGAUGCCAGGCAUCGGCUGGCUGAAGAAGUGUUACCACAUGAUUGACCGGAGACUGAGGAAGAAUCUGAAGUCUCUGAUCAUUGUGCACCCGUCAUGGUUCAUCCGCACCGUGUUGGCCAUCUCCCGGCCCUUCAUCAGUGUCAAGUUCAUCAGUAAGAUCCAGUACGUGCACAGCCUGGAGGAGCUGGAGCGACUCAUCCCCAUGGAGCACGUGCAGCUGCCCGAGUGUGUCCUGCAGUACGAAGAACAGAGACUCAGAGCCAAGAGAGAGAGCACACGACCACCGAUGCAGCCAGAGUUCCUCGUUCCCAGAUCUGAAGAAAAACCAGAGACGGUGGAAGAAGAGGACAGGUUAGCAGAAGUGACAGAAGACCAGGAAGCGAGCAUGUCCUGAUUUAACGGGAACCUGGAGAUGGACA